AUGAGUGAUGGAUCACAGUUGGGGACGACACCCCAGGACGGAUUCGAUGCGUACAGCAAUGCCCGGGAUAUCGUCAAGCUGUUCCAGUGUUCACAGUGCUCCUUACCCUUCUCCGAGCCUAUGACUUUGCCGUGCGGCAAUACUCUUUGCGGCCAAUGUCUUCCACCUGUUUACAAACGGGAGAAUAUCACAUACCCUGUUGACGAGGGCCGGUCCGAGGGUUUCUUGUGCCCAUUUGAUGGCUGUAGCUCGGAACAUUCACUCGGUGAUUGUGGCGUCGACGUGACCCUCAACAAGAUUGGGCACACUGUGCAAGCCUUCAUCUCAAAAUACAUGGCGGAAGCACCCCAAAUUCCGCUGAAGCUGGAAGAAAAGUUGAAUCCCCAUAGCCCGAGCGCUAGUUCCACAGGAGGUGUACCUCACUCGCGCGUCCUGUCCGGGGGUCGAAUCGCAGCGACGUUUGUUUUGGCAGAGAAUGGCGAGCUAAAUUACCACUCCGAUGUCUUGUAUACGUCUGUCGAUGCCAACACCGCUGAUUCUGUGCGAGCGGCCGACGCUACCGUCCUGGAAACUCUGAAGGAAGCGAUCCGUGUCGAAUUAGAAUGUCAAGUCUGCUAUCAGAUCUUGCUGGACCCCUUGACUACCUCGUGCGGUCACACGUUCUGUGCAAGGUGCUUUCGCCGGGCCAUGGAUCAUAGCACUCAAUGUCCAACGUGUCGCCGUCUAGUGCCCCUGGUUCAUACACAGCAGAUGACACCUAACAACAAGAGAAUAGAGCUUUUGAUACAACACCUCCUGCCCGAUCUUUUGGUGGCGAGGAAAGCCCUCGCCGCCCAAGAAGAUAUGACUGAUGAAGAGACGCAAUUGCCGCUCUUCCCAUGCACCUUGGUGUAUCCGCAGAUGCCGACAUUUUUGCAUAUUUUCGAACCCAGAUAUCGGUUGAUGAUUCGGCGAGUGCUGGAAAACGGCACACGGAAAUUCGGCAUGUUGGCAUACAAGCCACACAGCGAAGUACAGCCAGAUGGCCCUCAUUGGCAGGAAUACGGGACAGUCUUGUUUAUCGAACGAGUAGAGAUGUUGUCCGAUGGUCGGAGCCUUUUGGAAACGAGGGGUCUGUACAAAUUUCGAGUCAUUGAGACUGGGAUGGUUGAUGGCUAUCUCACCGGUCGAAUAGAACGCUUUGAUGACAUCAGUUUACACGAGGAGGAGGCAAUAGAGGCCCGGGAAACGAGUCUGCCGCUUCAACCCGAGGAUGAUGAGCUUGUCCGACUCUGCCGCUCGUCCACACAACAACUACUGCAAUACGGACUGCAGUUUGUUCGCCGAGCUCAAGCGCGCUCGGCAGGGUGGGUGCAUCGACGGGUGCUUUCUACCUACGGACAACCACCAGAGGAUGCGGCAACGUUCCCCUACUGGCUCGCGAGUGUCAUGCCGGUGAGCGACGUGGAGAAGUAUGACUUGCUGCCGGCUUCGAGUGUGAGGGAACGGUUGAAGAUCACGGCCAGUUGGAUCUACCGACUGGAGUAUGCAAACCGGUAA